AUGGCUUUUGAGAACUUAGCGAAUAGCGAGACAACGCCGGAUGCGAUUGCUCUCUAUCUAUUCCAUCACAUUUUCCUUCCAUCUCGUCUUCCUCAGCAGAGCGACUUCUCUCCUCACAACGAGCUUGCUCUGCUCACGCUCGUAUGCCAGUCUCUGUCUGAGUUCAAACGCCAUCUUGGACCUGAGAUUGCGCGUUCUGUUGAGAUAGCCAGUGUCGCCAUGCAACACAUGCUUCAGGUUCACACGCCGCUUCACGAUGCCAUAGCUAUUGAUGAGCAAUCCCUUCACAAAAUUCUCUCCACUCUACCAGAGCCAGAGUCGAUUGCCCUAUACGUCAAGCAGCAGAAUGCCGGCAUGCUCAUUACCAGUGCGAGAGAUGCGUUCCAGUUUGAGACUUUCGAACUUUCCCUACCAAUGUUGCUGUAA